AUGCCGCAGAAAGUCCUAAGACGUGUCAAUGAAAACCCUGCGUUCGGGCUGCAGGCCGUCUUGGCCGCCUCGCAGUCCGAAUCGCCUGCUGCGAUCGCGAGUCCGCCAGAAGAUGCCGAAAAGGUGAAAGAGACAUGCGACUCCUUCACCCUCGCCUCUUUCACCAUGGACGACGCGUGGGAGCUAGGCCACCUCCUCUACGCGCGCCUCCUCCCCUUCUCGUCCGAGAAGCCGACGCUGAUCUCCAUCUCGCUCGCCAACGGCGGGCAGGUGGUAUUCCAGUGCGCCGUCGGCUCGGGUGUCAUGCCCGACAACGAGACGUGGGUGCAGCGGAAGAGGAACUCGGCGCUCAGGUGGGGGUGCAGCACAUGGUUUAUGCACUGCAAGUUCGAGGGGCAGGAGGACAAAUUUCGGGAGAAAUACGGCCUGAGUCAGGAGCAGGCGGCCGGCUACGCCAUCCAUGGCGGGGCCGUUCCUAUUCGGGUCCAGGGUGUCGAGGGUGUCGUUGCUGUUGUGGUGGUGUCGGGAUUGAAGCAGCAUGAGGAUCAUGGAGUCAUCGUGGAAACGAUGAGCAAGAACUGGCAGUAG